AUGCGGUUGUACGUUCUUUUCCUGAUCGUCAUCGUUAGCUCUCUGAAACAGGUCAGUUUCGCCAUCCCAGUUCAUCAUUUGAGAUGCGCUUCACUAGAAGAGACUCCGUUACAUCGACAAACUUUGCCAACUUUCCUCAGUGAGCCAAUAGAGAGAAGUCGCCACCCGACAUUCGAAGACAUUGUGAGAGAAAGAUUGGCAGCUGCUCGAAAAGAAAAGCAUUUACAAAAGAAGGAGGAUGAUACGAUUUUGGCUCGAAAAGUGAGACAGUCACAAAAGAAGAAGGAUGAUGCGACUUCGACUCAAAAAGCAAAGCAGUCACAAAAGAAAAAGGAUGAUGCGACUUCGACUCAAAAAGGAAAGCAGUCACAAAAGAAAAAGGAAGGUGCGACUUCGACUCAAAAAGCAAAGCAGCUACAAACGAAGAAGGAUGAGGCGACCUCGACUCGGGAAGCAAAGCAGUCACAAAAGAAGAAGGAUGAGGCGACUUCGGACGCUCCUUCUACUCAAACUUCUACCGAUUCCGAAGAAAUAGGGGAUCCAUCUCGUUCAGAGUAA